AUGUCUCAGCCGACCUCAUCUAGACCGGAACCUGUUCAUGAUGCCGACACUCUGGAUCGUCUGGCAGUUUCGAGGUAUAUGGACGGGGCGCUCCGGCGGCUGGUUGAACUUUUUGUCAUAAUCAUGUUCGUCUACCAGCGUCGAAUCCAUGUCGAGAAUAAUCUCGCUCUGACCGAGCAACAGCGAGCCGCCAUGACUGGACAAAUUAGAAUUUUCCGUUGGCAAUGGCUGGAGCAGCUCGCCAACGGAGAGCCCGAGUGUGGUUGGGAGCAUUAUUUACUGCAUCUAUACAAUAAGUUCCGCGAAUGUGUCCAUGAGCUUCUGACCAACAAGCUGACGGAAGAAGAACUGAGCAGCCCUCUCAUGGUGCGAUACCGUACCCGAUUUCCGGAGACGGAUGUCAUAGUGACCUUGAUGGAGUGGCUAGAGGAGGCACAAGCCCGUGGCAUGGCGGCGCAACGACCACGAUCCCCAAGGAUCGAGAAUGUUAUCCAGCUGACGAAGUAUUGUCAUAUUGUCCUCCGUCUGAUCGCCGAACCGGCCGGCACCAUCGUGCUCCUGUUUGGGCAUCCCUGGCAUGAUCCGGAGUGGCAAACCCGAUUCCCAUGGGGCUUGGGCGAGCCUCGCUUGUUCAACCGAGCUGAAUAUGCUGCCACAUUUGGCCCUAACCCCACGCAUCCAACGGUCCGUUUGCCCCCAACCCUGGCUCGUCGUCAGUCAAUUGACGAGCAAAGCAUAUGCCCCAUCUGCCAGGUCGAGAUCGGCGACACUGGUCGAGAAAUUUCCCUUGCCUUGUGCGCCGCCUGCGGAAUAAUUUUCACAGCGCCUGUCUUCAUGCCUGGCUGGGUCGGGGAGGUUCAUGCCCUUACUGCAGAAAGCUCUGGAGAUCUGGAAGAGGGUAAGUGA